UGUAAAACCUCUUUGAGUGAGCAAAUGAGUUGCAGGUGAUCUAGAAAGCUAUACGAGCAUCUCUGCUUGCCGAUCUAUCAGUUGUUCCUUUCCAGAGCUUUCUAUGGGAUAACCAAUUUAGAUCAUGGCAGACUUACCUGGUUAUGUGGUCCAUUGCUUGCACACUGGGAAACUUGCUAUUUUAGCAAUUUUGGUCUCUGCAGGAAUUGUACUGCAAAUUCUGGCAUGUGCUUUAUAUAAUAACUGGUGGCCAAUGUUAACAGUAUUAACGUAUGUAAUGCUUCCCAUGCCUCUGCUAUUUUUUGUUGGAUCUGAUGCCUUUUCUCUCUUUUCUGAAACUGGGAAUAGUUGGGUAGAUGCUACCAAGUUCUUGACUGGAGCCUCUGCAGUUGGAUGCAUUGCAAUACCAUCUAUCCUCAAGCAUGCAGAUGUUAUUGGUUGGGGAGCACUUGCAAUGGAGCUAUCAUCCUUUAUUAUCUUCGUGACUGCCAUAGUCUGUUACAUUCGAAUUAACACUGAAGAUGAGUACAGCAUGUUCUGAGGAAUGAUUCAUUAUGGGUUCCCAUCCCAACUUCUUUAUAUCUAGAGUUGCCCACUUUGAUUAUAAAAACAUUAGUCUUUGCUUUCAUUGAUUUGGAUCUGUAUUGCUUAAUCCUUUGUGCUCCAGGGAGGGAGGGAAAAGAAAAUUUAUGUACUUUGAUCAAAUGAAAUUUGGUGUACAUUUUUCUUA